AUGAAGGUCUCUUUCAUCACUACCGUCCUUGCCGCCCUCCCGGCCUGGGUUAGUGCGGUCGCCAUCACUAACACCAACUUCAACGGCAUCGAGGCUGGCAAGCCUUUCGAGGUUACCUGGUCUGAUGCUGCUGGCCCCGUUUCUCUCACCUUGAAGGAUGGCCCCUCUGACAACCUCAAGACCGUCUCGGAGAUCACCUCUGGCCAGACUGGAGAGAGUUACACUUGGGUCCCUUCUUCCUCGUUGCCUUCUGGCACCUACGCCCUCGAGAUCAAUGACGGCACCGAGGUGAACUACAGCCAGCAGUUUGAGAUUUCCGGCGGCUCUGCUAGCAGCAGUUCAGUCAGCACCACAGCCUCGCAGACUAGCACGUCCUCGGCUGUCUCGUCGACUGUUACCUCUAGCAGCGCCACCGUCACUAGCAGUGAGACUUCUUCGACUCCUACUAGUUCUAGCACGUCGUCUGGGUCUUCCAGCUUCACUACCAGCACCAGCAGUGGUUCUAUCACCUCGUCUAGCACACAUGCUAGUUCCACUUCUUCCGCUGCCAAGACCUCGUCUGCUACCUCCGAGACAGCCGUGCCCAACACGAAUGCCGCUCAGACGGUGGCUCCGUUUGUGGCCCCGAUGCUUCUCGCAGUUGGUGCGCUUUUCGUGUAA